AUGGCUGCCCCUUACACCGUCGUCAGCACCGAGCACGCCCCGGCUGCCAUCGGCCCCUACGUCCAGGCUGUCAAGCACAACGGCAUGAUCUUUGCGUCGGGCGCGAUCCCCCUUGACCCCAAGUCGAUGCAGGUCGUCGAAGGUGGCAUCAAGGAGCAGACUGCCCAGGUGCUCAAGAACAUGUCGGCUGUCCUCGCCGCGUCGGGCACUGACAAGGCGCAUAUUCUCAAGACGACUUGCUUCCUCAAGGACAUGAACGACUUUAUCGACUUCAACACGCUGUACGCCGAGUUCUUUGGCGAGACCAAGCCUGCGCGCUCGUGUGUUGAGGUUGCCCGUCUCCCCAAGGACGUCCUUGUCGAGGUCGAGUUUAUCGCCGUCGAGAAGAAGUAA